UCACAGAGCUGGCAGAGAUCCUCCACACCUUCAGGAUAUCAAGUAGGAACAAGGAAGCCAUGAAUUCCCAAAUUGGAAAGAAAAUUCAAAGCCUCACCACAGCUGAGGAGAUGAGAAACCAAACCAAGCUUGUGAUGCAGCCGUAUGCCAACUGGGAGGAGUAUCUGACUCCUGCUCCACUCUCCAUAGCCAUCCUGGGAGAGCUGGUCUUCAUCUCCUCCAAAACAGAUUUCUCCAUCAACAAGAACCCACCUAAAGAUGGCUACAAGUACAUCAAAUACCCAGAUUCAUUUCGUGCCUGCCUCAUGCAGGUGUGUAACUCUGGCUGGUGGGCUUUCAACGAGGCCCAUAAGAACAUGGAUCAGAUUAGACUCCACACCAUGGCAGUUCCAGAUUACAUGAAGGUGGCUGUGAAGAUCCUGUUCCACGAAAAUGAUGAGGUUAUUCAAGCUCUCCUCCCUGGCCAGGUGGAGAACAUUCGUGUCAUUGCAGAUGACUGUCUUAAGUUGGCCAUUGCAACAGAAGAGCGGUUCACUGAUGUCAUCAAUAUUAUCCAAGAAUUGCUGGAAGCAUGUGUAAAUGCUGAGCACUUUUAUGGGCAGGAGCUGGAUGCUAUCAAGAAGAAACUGGAUGAGGCCAAGCUGAGGAAACAGUCAUCUAAAGAAGCUACUAAAGGCUCAGAGAAUGCAAUGAAUGUCAUGGAAAAGAAACUUAAGGAAGCAUAUGAUAGUUACAACAAAGCAAUGGAUUCACUACCCGGUGGAUGGGAGAUGAUUGGUAUGGAUUUUGUUGCAGGCUUGAAUGAGGGCAUCACAACUUUUAUUAAUGGAGUAACAGCUGUGAUUACUGACCCAUUGUACCCAAUCUAUACAGCUGUCAGUAAAAUUGCUACAAAAAUUCUUACAAAGCGUCAUGCUGAAGGUCAAGAAUCUGCUGUUGAUGGUAUUGAUAUAAUUAAUAUUUAUAGCAAAUCUGCAGAAAUUCUGAUGUGCACAGUGAAUGUACAAGAGUUUGUGCAGCACAACACUAUUAACUGGAAAGACUUGUAUGAUCAAAAGAAUAAAUAUACUGCAACCAAUUUCCAGGCAGAUCAGUUCAAAAGAAUCAAUGAAAGUUUAGAAAAAAGCCCAACCUGCAAAGCAAAAACCGAUGCCCAAGACAUAUGUGAUGAGGGCAUUGCAAUCUGUGCAGAACUAGAAAAGUAUGCACCAGAGGGGAAAUGUGAAGAAACCAAAACAAAGGACCUGAUUGAAAGGAUCAGAAAACUGACUAAAUCAGCUCGAAGGUUCGACAGCAGAAGUAAAGAUGUCACAAAAUCUCCUUCCCUGGCUCCCAAACCACCAAUGAUGUAUAAAGAAGAAAGUAAAUCUGAGAAGAUGAGCGCUUCACAAAGAGCAUCAGAGAACGCCAGGUUCCGCAUAGAGCAGAGCCGCGCUCAACUGAACAAGACCAGAGAGCUCUAUGAUAAGAGUGUAGAGAACAUGAAGAAGAACCAAAAGGAGCUGACUGAAAUCCUGAUCACCAUGAGGAACUGCGAGGUCAAAGAGAUAGACUUUAACACCACUAUACAAAUGCUGGUCAAAGGUAUGGAUGCCAUGGGGAGAGUGAAGGAGCAGUGGGAGAAGAUGGUGCGCUUCUUUCAGAUGGUGUCCAACAUCGUGAAAAACUGCCUGAGCAGAACUCUUAAAGAUUUUGCCUCCACAUCUGAGAAAACACAAUCACUUUCCUAUAAUGCAAAGCUCUUCUGCAAAGACCUGCUCUACAAUCAAGCCUUUCAAGCCACUAACAUCGCCAGCCUCGUCCACAUGAUCUCAGCAACCUACACCGAGAUUUCCACCAAGCACCUAAUGGAUCGUGUCAGCUCUCUGGGAAAACUGAUGACCAUGGACAAGCAAAAGCCAGAGUUUCUUUCUGAGCGUCAGCAGUUACAGAGCUCCUGUGAUGAGGCUCAGAAAGCCAUCUUACUCCUUGUCCUCAAGAACAAGAAUGAGUUUGAAACGAAGAGUGCUGCAAGACAGGAGAAGAUUGACAAAGAGCUGCUCACCAUUCUCCCUGCUGCUGCUCCAGAAGAGAUAAAGAGCAUUCAAGCAGCUGUUGAAAGUGGAUUCAAAGAGGAAGAGAAAGGGGAAAGUGGAUUCACAGCAGAAGAGGAAGCAGACUACGUCUGAGUGAAUGAACAAAAAAUUCUACUUGUCUAUAAUUAUAUCCAGUGAAACACCUAAAGCAUGAAACAAGUGCAACAUAAUUAUCACAGUAUAACUAUUCAGGCUCCUUGUAAAAUGUGUUUUAUAGGGAAUUAUUUUACUUAACCUUACAUUGCUAAUUACAAUAUACAUAAUAAAGAUUCUACAUAAUUCUUUUUUGCAAUUGAUUGGAAAAUAUUCUUCUCAGGAAUCAACUUGAAUUGUACCAUUCACUUCUGUUACAUUUAAUUAACUCACUUUAAAUCUUCCAUUCUAACUGCACUCAUAUUACAAAUAUUACAAACAAUGUUCUUGUGUGUAAUUAAUGCUCUGUCUUAGUGAGAAAGUGACAAAUUUAUUUUGCCCUUCAAAUCAGUAUAUGAAAGUUACUGUUGCUUUAUUUGCUAGUACACUUUAUAAAGUGUUAAAUUUUUUUCAUUAUCUUUGCAGUAAACAAAAAAGACAUUUUUCUUACUUACAUGUAAAAAAUUUAUUACUUUGUGCUCAGUAAUUUCUUAUAUGAUAAUGAGCUUGCCAUUAAUUUCUCUUUGUGUUAUUAUUACAAAUAAUAAUACAAUAUGUUUUUUUUUUUAAAAAGGGAAAAAAAGCCUUUGUCUGGAAAACUAGCAGGUGUUUGCUGAUCUCAUUUGCUUUUUGCAUCUACCUAACAACUUAUGUACUUACAUCUUGUAUUGUUAUAUAUCAGACAUGGUCAUUUACUUCACCUCCAUCUCUAUUCUGUGCUUGCAAUUAAUGAAUAAAAACUAUUAUAAAGGCAAA